AUGUUGAAUUAUUAUAUUCUUACCUGUUAUAGUUUCAUAAAGACUAAGAUCUAUAACAAUAUGAGUACUACAGUAGAAAAUGGAGGCGGUGAUAAUGCUGCAAAGAAGAAAACGAUUGAGGGCAUAUAUCAAAAGAAGUCUCAGUUGGAGCAUAUUUUAUUACGUCCGGACACUUAUAUUGGUUCCGUUGAACCAGUGACAGAAUUAAUGUGGGUUUAUGAUAAAGAAAAAGAAGUGAUGACGCAAAGGGAAAUCAAAUAUGUUCCUGGACUAUACAAAAUAUUUGAUGAGAUUUUAGUUAAUGCUGCAGAUAAUAAACAAAGAGAUCCUAAAAUGGAUACAAUUAAAAUUGAGAUAGAUCAAGAAAAUAACCUUGUUUCUGUAUGGAAUAAUGGUAAGGGUAUUCCAGUAGUAAUUCAUAAAGAAGAAAAUAUGUAUGUUCCGACAAUGAUAUUUGGACAUUUGUUGACAUCAUCCAAUUACGAUGACGAAGAGGAAAAAGUAACUGGUGGUAGAAAUGGCUAUGGUGCCAAAUUGUGUAAUAUUUUCAGUCACCGUUUUACAGUGGAAACGGCAUCGAAGGAAUAUAAGCGAUGUUUGAAACAAACAUGGAGCAAUAAUAUGGGAUUUGCAAGUGAGCCCAGAAUUAAAGAAUUUGCUGGAGAAGAUUUUACGAAAGUCAUAUUUUCACCAGAUUUAUCAAAAUUUAAAAUGCAAUCUCUAGACAAUGACAUAGUUGCCCUUAUGUCUCGAAGGGCUUAUGAUAUAGCAGCUUCUACUAGAGGUGUUAAAGUGUAUCUCAAUGGAACAAGAAUUCCUGUGAAAAACUUUAAGGAUUAUGUUGAUUUAUAUAUUAAAGGCAAAGAAGACGAUGUCGGUAAUCCUUUAAAAAUUGUAUAUGAAAAUUGUGGACCUCGUUGGGAAGUAGCUAUUGCUUUAUCUGAUAAAGGAUUUCAACAAAUGUCUUUUGUAAACAGUAUUGCAACUAUAAAGGGUGGACGUCAUGUAGAUCAUGUUACCGAAUUAAUAGUGAAGCAAUUAACAGAAACAUUAAAAAAGAAGAACAAAGCAGGAGUAGCAAUCAAACCAUUUCAAAUAAAAAAUCAUUUAUGGAUGUUUAUUAAUUGUCUCAUUAACAAUCCUACAUUUGAUUCACAAACUAAGGAAAAUAUGACAUUACAAGCUAAAAGUUUCGGGUCAAAAUGUUCAUUUAGCGAUAAAUUUAUUACGGCGGUAACAAAAAUGGGUAUUGUUGAAGCAGUUUUAACUUGGGCAAAGUUUAAGGCUGACAGUCAACUUCAAAAAUUAGGACCUAAAUCGAAACAAAGAAAAUUACAAGGAAUACCAAAAUUGGAAGAUGCUAAUGAUGCUGGUACUGGUAAAUCGUUGGAAUGUACACUUAUAUUGACUGAGGGAGAUUCAGCUAAAACUAUGGCUGUGUCUGGACUAUCCUCAAUAGGUAGAGACAAAUAUGGUAUAUUCCCUCUAAGAGGUAAAAUUUUAAAUGUAAGAGAAGCUACACAUAAACAAAUUUUGGAAAAUGCAGAAAUUAAUAAUUUAAUAAAAAUCCUCGGUCUUCAGUAUAAGAAAAAGUAUGAAUCUCGAGAAGAUUUAAAAACAUUACGUUAUGGAAAGUUAAUGAUAAUGACAGAUCAGGACCAGGAUGGUUCUCACAUUAAAGGGUUGUUAAUCAAUUUUAUUCAUCAUAAUUGGCCAUCACUUUUAAAACUGAACUUUGUGGAAGAAUUUAUUACACCAAUUGUGAAAGCAUCAAAAGGGAGUGAAGUAUUAAGUUUUUUUUCAUUACCUGAAUUUGAAAAAUGGAAGGCAGAAACAAAUAAUUUUCAUACCUACAGAAUCAAGUACUACAAAGGUUUGGGUACUUCCACUGCUAAGGAAGCAAAAGAGUAUUUUCAAAACAUGACUAGACAUAGAAUUCAAUUUAAAUAUCAAGGAGAUCAAGAUGAUCAGAAUAUUAUUAUGGCUUUUAGUAAAAAAUGUAUUGAGCAGCGUAAGGAUUGGUUAACAAAUUAUAUGGAUGAAACAAAGAGGAGGAAAGAAAUUGGACUCGGAGAGCGUUAUCUUUAUGAAAAAGAUACACGUACUGUGUCAUACUCUGAUUUUAUUAAUGUUGAAUUGGUUUUAUACAGUAAUUAUGAUAAUGUACGUUCUAUACCUAAUAUGAUUGAUGGUUUCAAACCUGGACAAAGAAAAGUUUUGUACACAUGCUUAAAACGUAAUGAUAAACGUGAAGUGAAAGUUGCUCAAUUAGCUGGUUCUGUAGCUGAACAUUCAGCAUAUCACCAUGGUGAAAUGUCACUUAUGGCAACAAUUAUUAACCUUGCACAAAAUUUCGUAGGAAGCAAUAAUAUUAAUUUACUCCAGCCAAUUGGUCAGUUUGGUACGAGAUUGACAGGAGGAAAAGAUGCCGCGAGCCCACGUUAUAUUUUCACAAUGCUUAGUCCGUUAACGAGAUUCAUAUUUCACAAACAUGAUGAUGCUUUACUCAAACACGAGUACGAUGAUAAUCAAAAAAUUGAACCUGUUCACUAUAUACCAACUAUUCCAAUGGUGUUGGUAAACGGUGCUGAUGGCAUUGGUACUGGUUGGAUGACAAAGAUACCCAACUAUAAUCCUAGAGAAAUUAUUGAAAACUUAUUUAGAAUGAUGGAUGGUGCUGAUCCAAAACCAAUGAUACCAUAUUACAAAAACUUUAAAGGAGUAAUAGAAAGUUGCGGAGAUUAUAGAUAUGUCGUUAAUGGAGAAAUUUCAGUAAUUGGACCAGAUAAAGUUGAAAUUACUGAACUUCCAGUUGGAAAUUGGACUCAAACAUACAAAGAAACCGUUUUAGAACCAAUGUUACAUGGAACUGAUAAAACGCCUGCCAUUAUUACAGAUUACAAGGAAUAUAAUACAGAUACAUCAGUACAUUUUGUGGUCAUUCUAAACCGUGAUAAGUUAGUGGAAUUAGAAAGGGAUGGUCUUCACAAAGCAUUCAAAUUACAAACAACGAUGACAAUUACAUCCAUGUGCGCAUUUGACGAAAAUCUCUGUCUGAAAAAAUAUGAUAGCGUCCUUCAAAUUAUGAAAGGCUUUUAUAAAGUAAGAUUAGAAACGUACCAUAAAAGGAAGGAUUAUUUGGAAGGUAUUCUGAACGCGGAGGCAUCUAAACUUUCAAAUCAAGCACGAUUUAUUGUAGAAAAAUGCGAUGGCACUAUUGUAAUAGAAAAUAAAAAGAAAAAAGAUAUGAUAGCUGAGUUAAUUAAACGAGGAUAUGAGUCUGAUCCUGUAGUCGCUUGGAAAUUAUUACAAAACAGGGAAGAAGUUUUGGAAGAUCAAGAAGAGGUUGGUGAAACCGCCGAAGAUGAAGCAGCCGUGGCACCUGUUGCUUUGGCAAGUGAAAAUUUCGAUUAUCUAUUAGGAAUGACUUUGUGGAGCUUGACAAAAGAAAGAAAAGAAGAUUUAUUGCGCCAGAGAGAUGAUAAAUUAGGAGAAUUGAAGAGAUUACAAAGUCGAACACCUAUUUCUUUAUGGAGAGAAGAUUUAGAGUGUUUAUUAACUGAAUUGAACAAAUUUGAGGAAAAGGAACGGAAAGAAGAACAAAAAAUGAAUAAAGCUAUUAAGAAGCCACCAACAAAAUUCUAUUCAUCGGAUACUAUUCGUCGAAUAGUUCCUGUAAUUGAUACGGAAUUAAAGAAGAAAAUUGAGAAAGCGGAAAUUGUUUCUAAAGAUAAGAAGGAAGGAAUUAAAAAGACAAGGAUAAAGAAGGAAUUCACAGAAGAUAAAGAUGAAUUUGAUGCUUUGGUUGAUGCGAAUGCAAAAUCUUUGGAAGACCGACUGGGCUCUUCUCCAGAAAAAACAGAAAAGAAAACAGGUGGUAAAAAAGGAUUGAAACAAACAACUUUACCCUUUAAACCAAAAGUGAAGAAAGAAAAAUCUGAUAAAAAGAAAGAUAAAGAUAGUGGUAGUAAUGAUGACAUUGAUUUCGGUAGUAUCUCCCCUCCUCCGGAGCCUCGAAAAACGUCUCGUAGGAAUGCAGUUAAGAAAAAUUAUAAUUUAAGCGAAGAGUCUUCGUCCGAUCUUGAGCUCACUAAUCUGUCGUCAGAUUCUGAACAAAAAACAAAGCCACCUGUGAUUGUAAAUAGUGAUUCGGAUGACAGCUUUAAAAUAGACAGGAAAUCUUUGCCACCACAACCAAGCUCAGAAGAAUUAUUUGAUUCUUUAAUUGGUAACUCUUCUCGAGAAAAACAACAAAAAAGUACAGUGUCAUCUAGUGAAGAUUCAAUAUUCUCAUCUCCACCAAAAGCAUCCUCUAAAAAAAAGACUGAAAAUGGCGGAGGAAAAGGAGUGAAAAGACAGUUGAAAACAAAGACGGGUUCCUCUGAUUCAGAAUCUGAAGAAGCUACAGUUUUCAAUAAACAACAAAAAGCUGUUAUAUCUUCUAGCGAAGAUUCAUUUUCGAUGUUUUCACCGCCAGGAAAGGCGCCUGUCAAAAAGAAGACAGAAAAUGGUGGAGGAAAGGGCGUGAAAAGACAAUUAAAGAAAAAAGUAGUUGAGUCGGAUUCAGACUCAGAAGAAUUUACAUUUUCCAACAAACAAAAUGUAAAAAAAAGGAAGAAGAAAACUGAGGCACAGCAAGAUAAUGAUGACAGUGAAACGUCUCCACUUCCACCACCGAGAGCCACAGGAGGUCGUGUCCGUAAGCCUGUUUCAUACGCUGUAAAAUCAGAUGAUGAAGAUGAUUCGAAUUGAACAACUUUGUCCAAGCAAGUGUUCGGUUGAAGCAUUAUUCAAAUUGUCAUUAACACACCUUGUGAUCGUAUUUGAUAUAAAUUUUAAGAAAAUUUUGCCUUGGUUCUUAUCAGGGCAUUAGUAAUUUUAUAUAACACUGUACAUACAUGCACUAGAAAUUGAUUUACUUUCAUUAUUGUAAUAAUUAAAAUGUAAGGUAAAAGUUUGAGUUUAUGUACAUAUUAUAAGUGUUUAAAACACGUCAAAUGAGUUAUACUCGAAUCGAAGAAAGAAUCGACAAGGCUAAUAAGAAAGAUUUUACAAGUGAAUAUCAUUCGUAAACUCAUUUAUAUGUCACUAUGUUUUAGUGUUAACGUCCAAGACGUUUCGAACAGAGUGAUGCAAAUUUGUAUCUUUUCUAAUUACAUGGAAAAUAUUGAAAUAAUUGAUGUAUUAUACAAAUUUAUUUGAUAUUGUUCUUCUCCUGUUAUUAAACUGAGACCAAUUUAACAUUCUCAUACAAACGUGUAACUAAAUACUCCACCAAAUUUUUAUAAUAUUUUUAUCACAUUUGAUCUUGUCAAUUAUUCUCACUUAUCAAAACAAAAAUACAGAAUUGUCCUGUUAGAAUUAAUGGUCAGAGACUUUAAAAUCGAUCCAUUCUUCACUAUAACUAUAAUUAUGGUACAGUUUUAAUUUUUUGUUAAUAGUAUUAAUUAAUACAAGAUAUAUUCUUCAAAAUAUCUAAUAAAAUAUGUAUGUGUAGUAACAGUACGUAGAAAUUGCCUGUAUAAUUUUUAUUUAUCUUUAGUUUUCUACCUUUGUAAUUUUGUAGGUGUAAUUAUAACAAAGUUUAUAGAUUCACCAGCAAUUGGAUAGUGUGCAAUGUUAAACUGCAUCUUGUACAUUGUUUAUAAAUUCGAUUAUAAUUUUAGUUCGCCAACAAAUUUUAAUGACUUUAUUAUGUAUUGAAACAAUUAUUUUUUAUAUAUGCGUUUAUCUAGAUAUUGGCCUUAGUAUCUCUAAUAAAAAGUGUAUCUUGAAUAUACGAGAUACCGGUAACAUACGAAAAGAAUUGUAUCAAUUAACAAGAUUAUCAAUAUCAUUUGACAUUAAAAUUAAAUAAAGUAUAAAUAAAAUAACAUUGCAAAGAAUUCAGCACGGUCGAUAUUUUCUUAUCGUUAAAUAGUGUAAUUUUCGGAUAUGUUUCUACUACGAUUUUACCGAAACUUAGUUUCGCAUGACAUUGUUCACAUGUAAGCAUAUCAGUUUAUAUAGAUCUAUAUACUUGUAUGUAUAUAAAUUCCUUUUUCAAUGUACGAGCGAUAAGUUUAUCUGUGCAAAACCAU